AGACACGAUAGACAUUGCCGAUCAGAGCAGUAUCGUGUCCACCGUCUAGCGUACAUCUCUAAGGAAGGUCCUCGAGAAGUGGAUUUCACAGAUAUUGGACAGCGAUCUAGCGGUGCUCAGAAAGGAUUCGUCUCCGGCGUGAUAUCUACGUUUGAGACGAAGCAGAGUGAAGGGGAAACAAAAAAUGCCUUGGGAACAGAGCAGAUGAAACAAGAAACUCCAUACGGGAAAGGAGACGAGGUGGCUCAAUAUGAAGGAGGGAAGAAUGUGAAGAUAUUAGAUAAAUCAAAGGCAAGAAAGGAGAAUUGGGAAAGGAACCAGGGAAAGAGGCCCCCCAUUCCGAAGAAAAGAAAGGGGCAGCUGCAUCCA